CUAAAUGCAACUCCGGGAUAAGGGUUCUUGGCCUGCAUUGCCGGGUCGGAUCGGAUCGACGGGUCCAUUGGACAUUGGUCAAUGGUCAUUGGGGCUUUGGAAAUUUUCCAUUCGUUUUAGUAUUUGUAAGGCCUGGUGACGUCAGCACGAUAACGAUUGUUCGACGUAGAGAUGAUAUUUUUUGACGCCAAAUUUGUCUGUUUUUCAAACUUUAUAACGAUCUAUAUAACCUUUUUAAAACAUAUUUGCUUAAUUUUCAAAAAAAAACAAAUGUAUUAAUAACUCUUGUUUAAUUCUAAAAAAAAUUGUUUUUCUUUUGUCCAUUUGUUAUGAUCAUAAAGCUAUUAACCAAAAUUGCGAAGAAAGGUUUUAAUUUAAUUUAUUUUUCAACAUUUUUUAAUUUUAAAGCAUUAAACAAUUUUGUUAAGGCUUUUGUUAAUUAAGAGAACUGAGUAAUAGACUUUCCUCAUAAACAAUGACCACCCUUUUAUUAAGAGAAGUAGAUGUCCAUUUAGCCAUUUCCAGCUACACUACACUCAAUCCUAGCUAUGUUGCCAGCACUUGUAGUCGCCACUGAUAACAACAAAACUAAACAACAGAAUGUUUGUUUUCACCGGAAAAGGAGGCGGAUCUGGCGAUGGCAACGAAACCAAGGGAACCUUGGAUCCUUCGAUCAAACUUUUCCAGCCACACAACAAACCGCCUUAAUUCGGAGAAGAGUCGCCUUCUGACGCACAAGGCAAUUCCCUUCCAUAUCACGAUCUGCCAUAUAUUUUGAACGAUGGACGACAACGAGGAUGAGCUGGAGGAGCACCAGGAGCAGGAUCUGCUUAGCGACGUCAGCGUCGAGGAGGAGGAGGAGGUGGAGCCCGACGUGGGCCCAGUGGACAGCUGGGAGUCCUUCAACGAUCGCAUCGAUGGCCUGAUCUUCAACGAGCACUGCGACAAGUCGGUAAAGAAGUUGGAUGAACGGCGACUGGCGAUUCUCAACAGGGUGCGUCAGCAGUUCCGCGAGGCGCCCAAGGGAGUCUCCGAGCGCUGUCAGGCCCAGAAGUCGCCCAUCGACCAGCAGCUGGAGUUGUCCAGCGACCGCCUGAACGAGCUGGUCCGCUUCGGCAACGAACUGGUGACCAAUGUCCGUGUGGCCAACGAACGGAGGGAGCUGAAUCGCCGGAUUUUCGAGACCACGCAGAAGAACCAGGUGCAGCUGAAGCUGCAACGCGAGAGCAUUGAGACCAUGGCCCGCUUUGAGAACAUCAAGGCGCGCUGGACCGAGCUGGAGGAGACGAACGAGCCGAUGCUUCUCUGGGACCAAAUCGAAGAGCAAAAGAAGCGCAUAGCUGAAAUAAUGGCCCGCAAGGAUGAGAUGAUAGCCGCCUGCCAGCAGGAGGUGGAUCGCAUGAAUGCCAAGUACGAGUUCGAUCGCGAAAGGCAGGCCCAGGAUUUAUGCUGCCUGGUGGAGCGCGUCGAUCACCAGGUGGAGACUCUAAAGGAGGCCUACAAGGAGCACCUGCAAAUGCUGCGUCACACCAUCGAGGAAGAGCGACAGAUCUUCGCCGUCAACGCUGUGGAGAAGUGGCGCACCUUCUUCGAUGCCAUGAACGCCAACUUUGAUGAGAAGGCCAAUUUGGUGAGGACGCGGGAGCAGUUCUAUGCCCGUCAAACGCAGCAGAUCAACGAGUCGCAGGAGGAGCUGACCAAGAGCACCCGUAUUCGGCUGGAGAAGGAGUGCGAACGGCUGGAGCUGGAGUUGCGACGCACGCGCGACAAUGUGCUGAUGAACUCCGAGAAGCUGGACUACAACUAUCAGGUACUCCAGAAGCGCAACGAGGAGAACGUGAUCAUUAACAACCAGCAGAAGCGACGAGUGGCCCGCCUGCACGAGGCCAUUGGACGCACCCGCCGCGGCCUGAAGAAUCUCUAUCUCACCGGGAAGCGGAACAUAGCCCGUCUCUCCUCGGACAUCUACAAGCUGCACGCCAACAUCAACGACAUGGAGUCGAAGGCCCAUCAAGCGAGGCUAAACAACCGCGAGAAAUUCGAUCGCAUUUGGGAGAUCAACUACAGGGAGCUGAACCUUUUGGUGGACCGGGUUUACCACAUCGAUCGCAUCAUACACGAGCAGCAACUGGCCAUGCCGUGGUCCAGUCCCGUGCCACCCAUUCCGAACAUCAACAAGGCCAAGAAGAAGCGGAAUAACAUCCUGGAGAAGUUCGACAUGCGGAUUGGGCGGGUUCCCAAGAACCGGGUGAUGCCCAAGUCGGCCAUAAAGCACCGGCCGGAUAUCAAGGAACUGCCGCCAGAGUCGCUCCGCCUGAUGCGCAACCUCAUCCGUAAGCUCUCCGAUCGUGGAGGUUUCCUCAUCGAGGAGCGACUACUAAAGAUUCUGGAGCCUUACUCCGAGGAGGACAAGUGCCUGGUGCGCAUCGACAACAUCUUUGCUGCGCUUCGCAUCCGUCAUUUGCGGGAUGUGAAGGAGCUGACCAAGGUGUUUAUGCCGUACACCUACUGUCCCAACUGCCAGCCGCAGGGAUUGAGUCCUCGGAAGUGCGCCGAGGUCUUUAUGAAGGAUCAGAAGCCCAGCAAGUUGAAAACCCAGUCGGCGCAUCAACAGGAAACACAGGAGCAUCGGACCUCUGGCGAGGACUUCCUAGCCAAGGGCGAGGAGGCGGCUAAGCGUUGCCAUAAUCACUUUCUGGUCAUGGAACCAGCUCUGUGUCUGCACGCCAUGAAUCUGUUCACCUCCAAGAUGCACAAACAGAUGUACGAACACGAACCGGGCAGCAUCCUCAAUGCUGUCAAUCUCAUUCAGAUUACGGACGCACAGAUCCGGGAUUUCUGGCGCCAGUUCUCCGCAUGUUUUCCGGCCUCCAAGUGCAAGCUAUGGAAGACACUGGAGCACGGCCUGAAUCACUAUGUGGAGGUGCUCAAGAUGCGCGUACAAUACGAUGCGGAGGUCGUCUUCCUGCGUCGCCAGAACGAGGAGUUGCGCCACCUGCUCCAGAAGUUUACCGUCUAGCUAUGAUUAUCACUGGGUCUCAGCUGCAUAUAAAAAUCCACAAAAAAUCCCAAUCAAUUAUUGUUCAAUUCCAUCCAAACAUGAUAAAUUAUAAUUGUGUCUA